AUGAUAACAGUAGGGAGAAAAAACUCUACAAAGUGGAUUCCUUGGGCAAGAGUCUCAUUGAAAGUAUCGGGUGUCAAAAGUUCUGGCAGCUGGAUGGAGUUGAUACUGAUGACAGUCGGCCCAUUCUCCACCCCCAUUACCGGAGCCCUCGGCUGGAUCGGCUGCUUUAGCAAAAGCUAUUGCCAAAAGACUGGCCACGAUAGAUUUUGCAACUUUCAUGGUGACUGUUGUCAGAAUGAAACGGUUUGUGCUAUGCUGUCCUUAUCAAGGGUUUGUAACUGUAGAACGGUAGUAAUCUACGGAAGGCAAAGCCAAUCGCGAACAGAUAGAUGUCUCGUGUCUAGUUUUUCGUGUCUGGUCCUGGUAUUGUGCAUAUGA